UUGUGCAGCGCUCGUUCACUGUCCGUGAAGAGACUCCUGACAGCGGUGUUUUUUAAUCUAUGGGACGGCUUCGACUCGGUUACUGGCGCUUGUUCGAAUGCAUGUCCAUGUAUUAACAUUCCAGUAUUCUAUAAAAAGGUGCCAGACACCAAUAAUCCUAUUUAUCUGGCGUUUUGGUCCGAUGUGAGACAUGAAGAAAUGCCGAGAGCUAUGGAGAGUCGAUUCAGUGUUUUGAACGACAACGAAGACAUCAAAAGGCGAGCGUCAAACACGGAGAACAACCUCCACUCGGAAAGGUCAAAGACAUUGUUUGAGGAAAUCCGCGCCUCAAUCAACAACAAUGACAAAGAGGACCGGUCGUUCUGGAGGCCCGUACUCCCUUGGGGUGGCGUCUUCUCCAUUAAGGCAGGACGUAAGGCCAUAUCAUGCACCCCACUCUAUGUCAAAAUCAACCUAAAGAACACCUGCACCAUCGAUGGCUUCCUCAUGAUCCUCUACGUGAUCCUGCGGGACAACCAGGGUUUUCCCCGGGAGCUGGCCGUCUUCUUGGGCAAGCACUUUGUGGAGUAUUUCCUCUACCUGAUGGACUCCUGUGACUACACCACAGUGAAGUUGCUGUGGAUCUGGGACAGAAUGUCCAAACUUCAGUACCGCUCGGAGAUCCACCAGGCGGCACUGGAAAUUGACUUGUUUGGCAACGAGCACGACAACUUCACAAAGAACCUGGAGAACCUCAUGUGCACCAUACAGGAGAGCUUGUGCACCAACUGGAGCUGUCCAGGCCGCUUCCAGGAAUUCAUCAAGACUACUCUCAACAUCAGCCCUCCUCAUGAACUGCCCCACAGAGACCCCAUUCAGUCGGCUGUGGACAAGUUCUUCUGCCCAAAGCUCCUGCUCUGCUCAGAACUGGGGUGUGAUGGUCUAAGGGAGUUUUCUCAGAGGGCUUUCUGCUAUGGAGCCCCACCAUUUGUCAUUCUGAACAUGCAGCAGUGGAAGUCAGAGGAGCUGUCCUACGUCCCUUACCACCUGGCUCUAUGCCAGCACAGGUACUUAUUAGAGGGCGCCACACUUUUCAACAAGGAAGAGCAUCACUACUCCGCAGCUUUCCAGAUCGACGGCUGCUGGAUGCACUAUGACGGAUUGAGGAGUGACAAUCUGAUCCUGUUACACAAGCCACCGGAGCUCCUGCUGCUCUCCUCCCUGGUCUAUAUCCGCGCCUCUGACAAAUGAACCGAGCUGACCCGGAGUACGGACGGACACUCAAAAGCCCCAAAUCACAGCAUCUGUCCUCUUUUUUUCUCAUGUAUGACAUCAUAUUUCCUCUCUUAGGUGUAAAAGUGCUGAAUGACAUUUAUGCUUCGUUUCACCUGAAUGCUUUCAAAAAGCUCUCUGCACAAAUUGAAAAUGACUUUUAUCUUUUGUGCAUGCUUGGAAUCCAAGAAUAUAAUGGACUAUAAUAGUUCUGUGUUGACACUUUGCCAUGACCAUAUUAAUGAAUAAUGCACACAGUAUACAUUACCUGCCACGUAGAAGGGAAUAUGAUUUAAAAAAUUACACUGUGAGUGUGCGUUUUCUGUUAAGACGCCUUGUAUAGGAGAUGAUUGACUGUAUACAACAUUUAUACAUAUGUUCAUGUGUUUUGUCUGUGAUUAACUUCACACAUUUAUGCCCUUUACCGAGACUCAGUUGGUGCUUUUUUCUAUUAGGUUUUAUUCUAUUUUCAUUCUGAUGAAACCAAAACAAAAGAUGAGUCCACAUCAGGUUAAAUAACUCAUAAAUGAUCAUUUUAGUAUUAACUGAGAACUAUGUAUUACUAAAAAAAAAUAUAUAUAUAUUAUUUAACUUGAAAUAAUUACUGGAAUCACAUGGUGCCUCUGUUCUGUCGAACAGAAAUCCUCAAUCAAGGUUUUCAGUUUUGGUUUCUAUGCAGACUUUGUCUUAAAAAUGCAAAUUAAAAAUAUUUUGGUGUACGAA